CACUUCUUACAUUCGAUUGAUACGUCGAGCGGAAAGGACGUAUCAAGUCGAUUCGUCUAUCAGUGUCGGAACGAUAGUGAUAGAAAUCUACAGGCGCCAAUCAUAAACCGUUUACUGCUCGCGAUAGGACACGCUUUGCUAACGUCUUGUGCAUCGCGAAAACUAGUGAUUGGAGUGUGGUUUUGUAGCUGUUUGUCGUUCUGUGCUCCACGUUGACUCUGUGUGUGUGUGCGCUGAAUUCAACAAGACUUUUCUGCAACAGCAUCAUUUGCAAAGAAUAACCGGCGCGACUUACGCGGUCUGACUUGCUGGUGCGCUGCUUUGUACGGCAAACGGCUACACAAGCGAAUCGAAUUAUUUUCCUAUCACGCUGCGCUUACCAGCGCCUGCUGGUAGGCAAAGAAUGUGCAAAGUUUCAUUUGGCUUGGUUCGUCUGCUUUGCUGUGAACGUGUGCACGGUUGCAUCGCUAAGGUUUCGGUGUGAGCCGAGAAGUUGCAGAUCGAAACCCCUUUGUGUGUGUGUGUGCCGUGGGAAGCAUUGUGUUUAGUGAGAAGUGAAAAGAAAAGUGCUGAAAAAUGCAAGUCCAGCCGACCAAGUACGUCGGCCUCGUUGCCGACCUGAUGCCGAACAUUCGGCUGAUGCAGGCCAGCGGUCACUUUCUGUUCCGCUACGUCACCGGCCCGAUACUGAUCCGCAAGGUGUACUCCUGGUGGACGCUCGCCAUGGUGCUGAUCCAGUUCUUCGCCAUCCUCGGCAACCUGGCGACGAACGCGGACGACGUGAACGAGCUGACCGCCAACACGAUCACGACCCUGUUCUUCACGCACUCGGUCACCAAGUUCAUCUACUUUGCGGUCAACUCGGAGAACUUCUACCGGACGCUCGCCAUCUGGAACCAGACCAACACGCACCCGCUGUUUGCCGAAUCGGACGCCCGGUACCAUUCGAUUGCGCUCGCCAAGAUGCGGAAGCUGCUGGUGCUGGUGAUGGCCACCACCGUCCUGUCGGUUGUCGCCUGGGUUACGAUAACAUUUUUCGGCGAGAGCGUCAAGACUGUGCUCGAUAAGGCAACCAACGAGACGUACACGGUGGAUAUACCCCGGCUGCCCAUCAAGUCCUGGUAUCCGUGGAAUGCAAUGAGCGGACCGGCGUACAUUUUCUCUUUCAUCUACCAGAUUUACUUCCUGCUGUUUUCGAUGGUCCAGAGCAACCUCGCGGAUGUCAUGUUCUGCUCCUGGUUGCUGCUAGCCUGCGAGCAGCUGCAACACUUGAAGGGUAUUAUGCGAUCGUUGAUGGAGCUUUCGGCCUCGCUGGACACCUACCGGCCCAACUCUUCGCAACUGUUCCGAGCAAUUUCAGCCGGUUCCAAAUCGGAGCUGAUCAUCAACGAAGAAAAGGAUCCGGACGUUAAGGACUUUGAUCUGAGCGGCAUCUACAGCUCGAAGGCGGACUGGGGCGCCCAGUUCCGUGCGCCGUCGACGCUGCAAACGUUCGACGAGAAUGGCAGGAACGGAAAUCCGAACGGGCUUACCCGGAAGCAGGAAAUGAUGGUGCGCAGCGCCAUCAAGUACUGGGUCGAGCGGCACAAGCACGUUGUACGUCUCGUUUCAGCAAUCGGAGAUACGUACGGUCCUGCCCUGCUGCUACACAUGCUGACCUCCACCAUCAAGCUGACGCUGCUCGCCUACCAGGCAACGAAAAUCGACGGUGUCAACGUGUACGGAUUGACCGUAAUCGGAUAUUUGUGCUACGCGUUGGCUCAGGUUUUCCUGUUUUGCAUCUUUGGCAAUCGGCUCAUCGAGGAGAGCUCAUCCGUGAUGGAGGCGGCCUAUUCCUGCCACUGGUACGACGGGUCCGAGGAGGCAAAAACCUUCGUCCAGAUCGUUUGUCAGCAGUGCCAGAAGGCGAUGACUAUUUCCGGAGCCAAGUUUUUCACCGUUUCGCUCGAUCUGUUUGCUUCGGUUCUUGGAGCCGUUGUCACCUACUUCAUGGUGCUGGUGCAGCUGAAGUAAACAGCCGUGGCCCGGAAGGAUGUGUUUUUUUUCGCUCGUUCGGUUGUUUGUUUGUGCACACUUUCUCUUGGACAUUUUCUCUACUGCAAAGGUUUAACAAACAGCAACAACAAAUAAUCCCAAGUUUUCUUUUACAGAUCUUUGCAAAAUGAUUAGAUUUUAAUAGAUUAACAGUGCUUGAUUAUCUGUCCUGUAGCAACCGGGGCUGAAGAACGUUGAUUUGGUAAAAGUACAAAAGGGACGUUGGAAAUUGAAACAACAGAAGAGUGAUAUUUAUGCAAAGCUCACCAAGGGAAAUCUAUGUAUGUGUGAUUUGCGCUCAUCAAGCACUGUAUGUGCCUUUCAACUAGUGCAGCAAUAAAGAGUACAAAUGUUUCUUAGCGCACCGUA